CCCUCCUUUAUUGUCAUAAAAAUCGCUACCGGAAGUGCAAGUCGGUCUCUUCGUUCCAGUUAAAAAAUUGUUGACUCCUGUCUUCUCUCGACACCAACGAUUUCGAACAGCGUCGCCCAAGCAUCGUCGGUACAGCGCACUCAUGCAAUUUGCGAUCUGACGUUUUUCAAAUCUGGACCGGAACAACGUUUUAACAAAAAUCCUUGGCCUGCUCGUAAGUUUCGAUCGAUCAACAAAAUAGAAUGAAACACCAUCGAGCAUCGGCCACUGUCGCAGUAACGACGACGGUGCAUGCCAGUUUACACCGACGCGAUGCGCGUGUUCGACACGAACGGACACCGCGUUCCGCGCUUGUCGUCGAAGCGGAUGGACAGAAUUUCUGCGAAGGAUUAUACACGACGGGGCGGUUCGAACCGCGCAAGCGUCUGUCGGGGGUGGAGAAGAGGGUUGAACCAGGGUAAAUCGUGUCUGCUGCUCGAAUUCUCCGCUCAGUCGCGUGUUUUACCCGCUCCCGCUUCGAAUCCCGCCUCCGCGGACCGAACGAGGGCCGAACGUGACCGGAAGUCCUGAAACUCCCGCGCUUUCGUAGAAUUUCGUUAUCAGGAUGAGAUCUUUAGUGAAUCGGUCGAUACGAACGAGCUCCGGUUCGAAUCGAGUCGGAGGAAGUUCUGUGUAAAACGAAGAGAAGAAAAAUGGAAACAAGGACUGAAAUUCAAGUGGAGUAAGGAGAACUGAAGAUCCAGGGACGUGGUUGGCCUACCAGUUCUAGCCCAGGCAAGGAUGCUUCGCAGGUGACUGGCCCGGAGUUCGAGAGUUCAAGGGAUCCCGGACAGCGGAGGCGUGGAAAUUGACCCGAAGGCAUGGAGACCAACGGGACCGACCCUGGCCUCAACAGCACCGAGACGAACCGCACUUCCUCACCGGUCUUCAUCAUCAGCACUCAUUACAUGACCCAAUGGAAGCGGGACAGACAACGGGAACGUCUGUGUCGCAUGUACAAUCAAAUUCUGACCGAAUGCACCCAGAUAAAUGGAAGCUGGCCCGAUUCGGACGAUCCCAGAUGGACCAGCGGCGAAUACGUCGAGCUCUUGUCGGACUGGUUCACCCCGAACGCCACUAAUACGUCGAUAAACGGGAGUUCAACAGGUUCGUCAACAGGCGACGUUCUCGCACCGGUUCUGCCUCCGUUUGAACUGUGGCAGACAAUCCUCAUCGCGUUCUCUCUGGCUCUUUGCAUUCUCUUGACGGUGGGGGGCAACAUUCUGGUUCUACUGGCGUUCAUAGUGGACAGAGGGAUCAGACAGCCGAGCAACUACUUCAUAGCAUCUCUAGCCGCUACGGACAUGCUCAUAGGGACCGUUUCAAUGCCAUUUUACACGGUGUACGUCCUGAUGGGUUACUGGAAUCUGGGGCCUCUGCUCUGCGACCUAUGGUUGUCCGUAGACUAUACCGUCUGCCUGGUGUCUCAGUACACGGUCCUACUGAUAACCAUCGACCGGUUCUGUUCCGUAAAAAUAGCCGCGAAGUACCGAAGCUGGAGAACGAAGAACCGAGUGAUAUGGAUGGUGACCAUCACGUGGAUCAUCCCGGCGUUACUAUUUUUCAGCAGUAUCUUCGGCUGGGAGCACUUCAUCGGGUACAGGGACUUGGACCCGGGGGAAUGCGCGGUACAAUUUUUAAAAGAUCCAAUUUUCAACACGGCCCUCAUAAUCGGUUACUACUGGACCACUCUGGUGGUGCUGUUCAUUUUAUACGGUGGUAUCUACAAGACGGCUUACGACAUGCAGAAGAAGAGCGAAGCUAAGCAGAGGAAGAUGCAGUCGAUGGUGGCUCUGAGCGCCGGUGCCAUGUCCGGUAUGGCCAGGGCAGCUGGUAUCGGCCUCUCCAAGACACAGAGCACUUUGCUCAGCCAGGACAGACCGAAGACUGAAGACGAGAGCCUGGGAAAGGACUUGCUCGGGCCCGAAAAGGAACCACCCGGUUCGGCGAGAGACACCUCGACUCUGGGCGUUACCGGAGGAGAUCUAGGAAAGGAUUCGUCGACACGGAAGACCUCGAAGUCUUCCGAGGCCGAGAAACGGGCGGAUCACGACCGGAAGGGUGCCUGUGGAAGCUUUAAUUUGACCGAAGUCGAGAAAUCGGAGAGAUCCAGCAGUCCUGCCUUCGACUCCGACGAGGAGAGCACUCUGAUGCCGGGCCAGUUGAACAUCAGGAAGAGGUCCAUAGCGAAUUUAGUGGCGCAGAGCGGAGUGCUAUCGGUUCUGCCGUCGAACGGGCAAGUGAACGCGAUUCUCACGGCGAAGAUCGAGCCCCGAGGAACUGGAACGCGACCCGAGGAAGCGAUCGAGACAGAACCGCAGAAAUCUGUCGACGGAGCACCUGGGAAACAGUGCGAGGCAUCCGAAUGGAACGCUCCGCGGGCAAAGAUCGAGUCUCGGCGGCCCGAGAGAGACGGUAAACCGGAGUCUCGGGCGAGCGGUCUGGUCUCUGACGCGAGUUCGGUGACUCAAAGAGGUCGAGUCCUGCCUAGAAUUCAAGAACUGAGCUCGCUGGACUCGGAAAACAUUCUACAAACUGAGAACAGGUCCAGCAGUCGAACUCUGACCCCCGAGUCGAACGAGUCGUCCGAUAUCUCGGCUUCGAAGGUUCCCCGGUCGAUCAGCGGAAGUCAGCAGAACAUAAUUCCUCCCCCCAGCCAGUUUCAGACUAGCCCAGGAGUCUCCGACGACUCGUCCUCGUCCGACAGGCCGAGAUCGUUGAUCGGUACUUCCCGCGGGUCCCUCGCGAUUCAGGGAAUCGCAACUUUCGACAUCCUGACUGGCCUGGACGGCGGAGACUUGAAGUUCAUGGACGAGAGCUCGAUCAUCGUUCCGAGCCCGUCUUACGAGACGCCUUCCUCAUCUUAUUCCUACAGCCUGGCCAAUCCGCUCUCGAGCGCGCCUUCUUCGCCCGUUCUAGGCAAUUUCGGGUCCACCGGACCCAACACCAGUCUUCUACAAGCUGCCCUGAUCAGAGCGACCGCGCAGCAAGCCAGCAGCCAGCCCCGAGCCGAGCUCAACGGUCCGGUCAUGUUCAAUGCUUCCAGUCAAACGCAUCCCCCCAGGGUCUUCAUCACCCACAAGACGAACGUGGCCUCGCAGACGUCUCCCACGGUCACCAAGGUGCAGACCGAGGUGCAGAUAAAAUCGGAAGGAGCUAAACGUCAGCCGGUAACGACCGUUGUCAACUGCCAAGCGGCAGAGACCGUCGAGAAGCCGUUGGAGAGCGGGUCUGAUCUCUCGAAGAAGUCUCUGGACCGGUCCCCACUGUCGACGAACCCUCCUCAGACCUCGUCUUCGAGCGGCAGCAACGUGCCGACCGGUUCCGGAGCCACGGCCACCGAGCUGGACCCGAAGAGUCGCUCGCAGAAGAAGAAAAGUAGAAAUGGCGACGCGACCGGAUCGACGAAGGACUUCGUGAGAACGAUAGGCAAGAGGUUGAAGAGCAAGACUCAGAGGAGGGAUCCUCUGAUAGGUAGACAGAAGUCUAGAACGGAGAAUCGAGCUCGGAAGGCUUUCCGAACGAUCUCUUUCAUCCUAGGAGCGUUCGUGGCCUGUUGGACGCCGUACCACGUCCUGGCGCUCGUCGAAGGAUUCUGCACGAACAAGCCGUGUACCAACGAACACCUGUACAUGUUCUCUUACUUCCUUUGUUACACGAACAGUCCGAUAAACCCGUUUUGUUACGCUCUGGCCAAUCAGCAGUUCAAAAAAACGUUCACAAGGAUCUUAAAGGGGGAUCUGCAUAUGACCUAAGAAUAUCUUCGAGCUGCCGUCGAUUCGUUAACGACGAUCCGACCAAAACUGGGCAGAGAUCUGAAAAUAAUAAAUAAAAAUGUCAAUUUUCGCAAUUCGAAAUACGUGGCUUCGAUGUUUCUGCGAAGACCUAUUCGAACGAUCGCUCGCGAGUCACGUUAAUACGUGCAAUAAAAUGAAAUAUAUAUAUAUAUAUAAUAUAAAACGCGUAGAGGUUAAGGGUGGUAGCGCUAAACGUUCAGUUAUAGUUAAACGAUCGACGUUGUAGGAAGAAGAGAAAUGAAAUUGUACAGUAAAAGCCUAGAGAAGUUGCGUAAUCAUUUCCGAGCGCCGAAAGCUUCUAAUUGCUGUUUGUUAGUGCUUGCCAACGAAGCGGAGUCAUUAAAAACGCGAAAUGAGCCACGAGGGUCGCGUUUGCUCUCGAUUAACGAGAACCUUAGAAACCAAUUCCAAAUUAUCCCUCGAUCACUUUCUACCUCCGGAGGAACAGUAUAAAGUGGACAGUCGAAAAGUGAUGUAGUUCUAAGCCUCGCAGCUCAGCUGCGGAAACGGACGGACGCGGACGACGCGUCGUCCAACGUGGGAUCAACGAGAGAUAAAACUGUUCGGUCGACGAUUCGAUUCUGUAUAGACAAUAUUCGCUCGACAAUCCUCUACACUUUUUCAACAUGUUCAUCGUUGUUGAAAGAGAAAUUGAGAAACGUGUACGCUUACGAUGAAAUCGUAAUGCUAAAAGGGUUACGGUCACUCGUGACAUAAAAAAAAACGCUUUUUCUGGGAAUUUUUUGUUGAAAACAGGUUUUAUUAUUUAUUAACAUUGAGCUCUAUCAGGUCAAUGUUUAUUAAUGAAUGAUCCCCAGUUCGAAUGAUGCAUAUUUCAACGAGUCAAUAGUAUACACGUAUAUGUAUACGUUAUAUUAUAUAUUAUUUUCCAGUUUGAGAAAAUAAUAUUGCAACAAUUACUGAAUGACUAUAACAAUUACUAUAAACAAACACGCUCGAGACACCUGCAGUUAAAUUUGUGUAUCUCCGUUAAAUGUUUUCGAUUUCGAUGAAGUUUUGAGGCAAUAUUUUUGAAAUGGUAUACUUUUAGAAAAAGGAAGAAAAAGAAAUCGAUUUUUUUUUUAAAUUCUAAGUGACCGUAACUUGUUAACAAAAAGAAUCUAGUCUAACAGCUGCAAAUUAGUGCCGUAGAAAUGAAUUUGUAGAAUCCCACCGUUCUCUACGGUGUAAAAAUGUCUCGCGCUACCAAACGAUCCUGUCUGUAACGAUCGAUUCGAAUAAUGAACGCCUUUUUCGUUAUCCAUUUUUUAAUUUGAAGACAACGAAAACGCUCUCGGCGACACGUUCUCUUUCGUUCCGUCGAUUAAGAAAUCGCGCAAUAUGCUUUUGGUAUGCGAUCUAUGUAUCAUAUCGCUGAAAAUAAUGUGAGAAGCGCAUACCUGGAAACAAUGUAAUUCGGAUGUAAAUAGUUCGACGAUAAUAAAGGAAUAUUAAACCUGUUA